CUGGCUUCCGGCUGAGUCGGCCUCUCUGGCACUCGGCUCUCUAUGGUUCUAGCUAGGGCCCGCCCGAAUGCGCUUGAUAACCGUUCUGCUCCGCAGCCGGACUCCGCUCUAUGGUCUGGGGCCGCUCUGUUCCCGCUUGGAGGCGGCGGAGGCCGAAGCGCGCUGCGGCCGUUGGGGGGCGUUAGGUCUCGCUCUGGCUGCAGGCCCCCGGCUGGUGCGCGUGACCAUGGCUGAGGACGACAGCCUCAUCUCUGUGGACUAUGAGAUCUUUGGAAGAGUCCAAGGAGUGUUCUUCCGCAAGUACACCCAGAAUGAGGGUAAGAAGCUGGGGGUGGUUGGCUGGGUCCAAAACACGGAAGAUGGCACUGUGAAAGGACAAAUCCAAGGCCCCAUUGUCAAGGUACGGGAGAUGCAGGAAUGGCUCAGGAAGAAAGGAAGCCCAAGAUCCCACAUUGAACGAGCAGAAUUCCGCAAUGAGAAGAAGAUUUUUGCACUAGAGCACAAGAACUUCAGCAUUGUAAAAUAACUAGACUGAAAGCCAGAAAGCGCUGAGAAGGUGGUUUACCACUCAAAAACUUCCCCACCAUCUAUACUUGUUUAGUCAGUAUCCAAAUCUAGAGAGCUCUUAGUUUUAUUUAUCUUGUUACUGUUCUAAUUUAUUGUCUGUUUAAUAUACUAUUUAACCGUGAACCUUCACAAAUGCCAUGGGUAAGAAACAGGCAAACUGGAAGAUGAGGCUGCCUUUAAUAAAGGGAUUGUUUGGAAACCCAA